UGGGAGGGAAAAGGGAGGAAUGACCUUUACUGGUGGCCAAGAGAUGGACAGAUGAAUGGAUUGAGUGAUUGAUCCCAAUUGUCUGGAUCAUUUAGGUCUCUCUUGAGACUUACCUCUGGGCAGAGAACCUCUGGGCAUUAGGGUCAAUAUAGAAGACUGCCAGUCUGAUUCUAAGGCUCAGUCUUUUAUUUAUUUACUUUUAACUUUAUUUUCAAAGAGUUGUUCACAGUAAUUGGUGACAUUCAGUAUUUCACACCAAUCCCACCAUCAUUACACCUUCCCACCACCAUUACUUCAAGUUUUCCCAUGACUAUCCAAGCCUGCCCAAAGGCAGAUGCUAAGUAAUUUAUUUCAUAUUGCUUAUUAUGAGUAAUUAAAAAUGAUCCAAAAAGGUUUCCUUAGAGGAAAGUGGUUGAAAAUAUUGUAUCUCAUCUUGAAGCCAUUUAAGUCCCUGUAUUAAGAGAUCAUUAACAAUGAACAACGAAUUAACAAGAGCCUUGUGUGCGAAUAUAUAUAUAUAUUCAUAUAUAUUCAAAACAUGUGAGGUUUUUUUAAUCGAUUGGCUGUCUUCUACGUUACACCCCAUCAAAUGUAAUGUGCUACUCUUGGUCUGUCAUUGGUAUGUAAUUGAAAUAUUGGGCAGCCGCUUUUGUAUCUGCAUGCGCCUGGAAUUCUAAAAUUUUUUUAUAGGGUGUUAGAACUGGAGUUAAAAAAUUUUUUUUUUAACUGGACGGUGAUUUUUCGGGUUCUGGAGGUAUCUGCAGUGUUGCUCUCUUAGAGAUUCAUUUGUGAAGCCCAGGGAGAUGGGAGGAGGGGCUACUACUACAGCUGGGUGAGGUUUGAGUAACCACAAGAAUGACCCCAAGGGGCCAGAGAGAUAGAACAUUGGGUAAGGGUUCUUGCCUUGCACGCAGCUGACCCAGGGUUUAAUGCAGAUACAAUAUAUGGUCCCCCAAGCACCACCUGGAAUAAUUCCUAAAUGCAGAGCCAGGAGUAACCCCCGAAUACUGCUGGGUGUGGCUCAACCCCCGCCCCAAACCAAACCCAACAUGGAAAUUGCUCCCAUCUUUGUGGAACUAUUGGUACCAGGUCUAGAACGCUGUCAGCUGCUCUGCCCUCUCCCAACUCCCAACUCCCAACUCCGGAGCCAAACUAGGAACAGGCAGGGAAGCAUUCCUUUGCCCACAGCAGUUGAAGCGUCUGUGAGGGCUGCCUACUGUUCCCAAGUCAGAUUCUCCGGUCUGGGUUUUUGCGGCUUCCUGACCAACCUGGUCAGGUUUCUCGUGGUUGGGUUUCAUCAACCAUUCAGGGAUGACUGGACCCUCAAGCACGCGCUCUAAACCCGGUUUAGACUCGGCCACUUCGGGAUUAGACCCGUCUUUCCGCUACGUCACUUCCGGCCCCGCCCCCGACGCGGAAGUGUACCUUAGCGGCGCGGCUCAGCUCCCUUGUGCCCCACUGCGCGUGACUCGGAGUCCUGUGGUGCAUGGAAAACACGUGUGAGGAGAGGCCUGUGGAGGAUGGGAGCGAUGAAGAGGACCCCGAUUCCACGGAAGCCUCGCCCCGGAUCCGGGACACCCCGGAAGACAUCGUGCUGGAAGCGCCGGCCAGUGGGCUGGCGUUUCAUCCGACCCGCGACGUGCUGGCGGCCGGGGAUGUGGACGGGGACGUGUUCGUCUAUUCCUAUUCCUGCCAAGAAGGAGAAAACAAGGAACUCUGGUCCUCAGGUCACCAUCUCAAGUCCUGCCGAGCCGUUGUUUUCUCUGCAGACGGGCAGCAACUUGUUACCGUCUCCAAAGACAAGGCCAUCCAUGUGCUAGAUGUGGAGCAGGGUCGACUAGAAAGACGCAUUUCCAAGGCUCAUAGUGCCCCCAUCAACAGUCUGCUGCUGGUGGAUAAGAAUGUUCUGGCCACUGGGGAUGACACAGGUGGCGUCCGGCUCUGGGACCAGCGGAAGGAGGGCCCCUUAAUGGAUAUGCGACAGCAUGAGGAGUACAUUGCGGAUAUGGCUCUGGACCCAGCCAAGAAAUUGCUGCUGACAGCCAGUGGGGAUGGCUGCCUUGGCGUCUUCAACAUCAGGCGACACAGGUUAGAAGUGCUUUCCGAGCCUCAGUCUGGAGACCUGACCUCUGUCACCAUCAUGAAAUGUGGGAAGAAAGUGGCCUGUGGCUCCAGUGAAGGUACCAUCUACCUCUUCAACUGGAAUGGCUUUGGGGCGACAAGUGACCGUUUUGCUCUGAGAGCCGAGUCGAUUGACUGCAUGGUUCCCGUCACCGAGAGUCUGCUGUGCACCGGCUCCACCGACGGCAUCAUCAGGGCUGUGAACAUCCUGCCCAACCGAGUGGUGGGCACUGUGGGCCAGCACACAGGGGAGCCUGUGGAGGAGCUGGCCCUCUCCCACUGCGGCCGCUUCUUGGCUAGCAGUGGCCAUGAUCAGCGCCUUAAAUUUUGGGACAUGGCCCAGCUGCGGGCUUUGGAGGUGGACGACUACCGACGGCGCAAGAAGAAAGGAGGGCCUCUCCGGGCCCUGAGCAGCAAGGCCUGGAGCCCAGACGACUUCUUUGCAGGACUGAGGGAGGAGGGAGAGGAGUCCAUGACUCGGGAGGAGGAGGAGGAAGAGAGUGAGGAUGAUAGUGACUGAGUCUCAAGACAACUCCCCACUAUCCCUUCCUGGGCUGCUGCCUCCCCUGAGAGGUUCUGAAUCGUCACCAUCUUGUGGAGACCUGGGCACCGAGAGUGGGAACCGGCAUUUCUUACAGCAUCUGCUCGCUCUGCCGGAGUUCGGCAACCCACAGCUGGGCAAGACAGCACGGACACAAGGUGUACGACAACCAUGGGUUUAAUAUAAAUACACACCAGCACAGAAAAACUCAAAACCGCGCAUAAAUCAAAAACUGGAAUGCCACAGGUGGGGACAAAAGGCAGCUUUCUGACCCUUUUGGGCUCAGCCUGCCCCCAAAUAAAAGCCAACAAUGGACAACCCAAGAAAAU